UCUGGAGCGGAGGAGGAGACGGGAGCGCGGGCGCGUCACCGAUCGCAUCCUUGAGGAGCGCGCAGGCACAGAAGAAAACAUCCCUACAGCGCGGCCACCCAUUCAGCUGGAGGAACGGGCUGAAGAAAUUCAUGGAAAUAAAAUAGAAAACGCACUUUCUUUGCUUCUUAUUUUUUGUUUUCGGACCACAGCCGAACCAUUGGAAUUUCAGAAUGGCUGAGAUCGCUGAUUUAAAAUCAACCUACGAUGUGUCCCCAGUUCUUGCGGGUUUUCUUGGUGCGGGUGUUUUGGUGGUCUCCGUUACGGUGUCCGUUUUCCUGUGGACGUGCUGUCAGCGACGUUAUCGUCAAAUGACAGGCGCGUACAAGCUGACUAGCGGCCCCUACGACCCACCUGUUGACCCCCCUUACAAAUUCAUCCACAUGCUGAAAGGCAUCAGCAUUUACCCCGAGACCCUCAGCAACAGCAAGAAGAUUGUGCGGGUGGGCCGGCGCUCAGGAACAGGAUCCUUAUUAAAAGAAUGGGGUCGUGGGUCAAGAAAUGGUAACGUUCUCCUUGUGGAUGCAGAUCCUGAAGGUGGACUGCUGAAUGGUACGCCGCACCUUCAGAUGAACCAUUUGGUACCACCCAUGGGUCCUCCCAAACUGGAGAGGUCGCUGCCCAUCCGUGCAGACUACUGCUGUAUGGAGAGCAGCUCAGGAAGCAGCAGCGAAGCUCCCAGUAAAACAGCAACACCCUACAGCCUCAGCUCACCCUCCUUGGGCACGCUCAGCUUGACUAUUGACUACAACUUUCCCAAGAAAGCUCUCGUCGUCACGAUCGUUGGAGCUCAAGGGCUCCCCGCUGUGGAUGAACAGGCAGGCAGCUCUGACCCCUACGUGAAGAUGACCAUCCUGCCGGAGAAGAAGCACCGGGUGAAGACGCGCGUGCUGAGGAAGACCCUGGAGCCCGUUUUCGACGAGACAUUUACCUUCUAUGGCAUCCAGUACAGUUUGCUGCCCGAGCUUGCGCUGCACUUCCUAGUGCUCAGUUUUGAUCGAUUCGCACGGGAUGAUGUCAUCGGGGAGGCAGUCGUGCCAAUGGCGGGCGUGGACCCAAGUACAGGCAAAGUGCACAUCACCCAGCAGAUCAGCAAGAGGAACACACAGUGUGAAAGUCGUGGGGAGUUGCUGGUCUCUCUGUCCUACCAGCCUGUUACUCACAGGCUUAAUGUGGUGGUGCUGAAGGCCAAACAUCUGCCAACCAUGGACAUCACUGGCUUCUCAGGCAACCCAUACGUUAAAGUCAACGUCUUCUACGGUCGCAAGCGCAUAGCUAAGAAGAAGACCCAUGUGAAGAAAUGCACACUUAAUCCCGUUUUCAACGAAUCAUUCAUCUACGAUGUUCCCGCAGAGUUAAUGCCGGACAUCUCUGUGGAAUUCCUGGUCAUCGAUUUCGACCGCACCACGAAAAACGAGGUCGUAGGUCGCCUGGUUUUGGGUGGUCAGAGUCCCGUGCCAUCGGGGGUCACUCACUGGAGGGAAGUUUGCGAUAACCCACGGAGGCAGAUCGCCAAGUGGCAUAACCUUAUAGAGUACUAGCGUUCAGCUAACACACAGGAAAGCGUAUUAUACCACUCCCUUCCUGUCACCUCUUCUAUAGAAAGAAACCCAUUUAACAAACACCCUCUUUUCCCACAUAGGCAGGUGUAUGUGUGGAUAAGUGUCAAUAGUAAAGAGGACCGUAGGCUCUACUAAACUUGAAAGACAUUGGGCAGUUUAACAGAACCACAUGUUUCCUAAUAAACCAAUAGCAAAAAAUGUUAAAUAAUUGAACAAAAAAUUCACAUAGAUGAGGUUUUUCUCUUUUAUUAGAUGAGAAUUAUACUCGUAUUAAAGAUAAACCACAGCAUCCACAGAGCCGUUUCCAGUCUAAAAACGUAUUGAGAAUAUACAUACAGUACUUUCAAUUAGCUGCAUGCUACAUAUAAUAAAACAAGCCUUUAUUAUUAUUAUUUUCUUUUUUUAAAGAAGGGUUGUAUGAAAAGUAUGAUACGUCUUUAGUCAAGUAAUAAGACAAUUUUUUGAUGAAUUAGAAAAGUUUCGAAAAGUUUCUUUGAGGAUAUUAGCUAACAUGCUAAUAUUUAGCACAACCAAACCAUUUACAACCGAACAAGGUUGAAACAUGGAAACAUUUUUUUUAAAAUAUUUUUAUUGUUUAUAUUACUUAUUGAUUUUUCUGAAAUGUAAAAUCUUUGCGAAAAUUCAAACUUUAAAUGUAAGUUACAUCAUAGCUGAUCAGAUCUUUCAGCCAUUUAGCAAAUUAAAAGUUGUGACCAUCGGCUCUGUACUACAAUGAUUUGUGUAAAAAAAACUCUGUUAUUUUUAGUAAAGCUAGCCUCUUGCUAUUUUGACACUGUAGCUACUUCAUUUAUUUGUAGCUGUAGUAGUUAUACGUUCUUGGUUAUCUCAUUGUGGAUGAUUUGGACAAAGCACUUCCAUGAUCUGUUUGUUAUGCAUUUAUCUUAACAUAUGAUCAUCUUAUUAUACAACCAUUUGUGACCGAAAUCAACAUGUAUUUUUUUAUUAUUGUAUUUAGGGAUGCAUAACGAUUAAUCGCAAAGAAUCUAUAGCAGAAUAAAAGUUUCUUGUUUACUGUGUAUAAUAGUUAUGAAUAUAUAAAUAUGCACACAUGCAUGUAUUAUUUUAAGAAAAAUAUAUAAUAUAUUUAUAUUUAUAUAUAUAUAAUAUAAAUUAUACUAAAAUAUACAAAUGUAUAUACAUAUCUUAAAUAUGUACAUGCAUGUGUGUGCAUUUAUCUAUACAAAGUUAUACACAGUUCACACACACAUAAUGGAAACAAAAACUUUUAUUCUGCUAUAGAUUAAUCGCGAUUAAUCGUUAUGUAUCCCUAAUUGUAUUAGUUUGUCAUAUCUAUGCACAUUUCUAUUUAACUGCAAAGAAACCUAUCCAGUCGCUGUAUAACCAUAGCACUGAGAUCGAGAAAAAUUUGAUUAUAUGGCAAUGAGAGAAUUGCAGUCAAAGCCAAAUGUGAUGGAUAUUAGUAUGUUUGUGUACUGUCAGCAAAUUUGUACGUUUACGUGUACCUAGCACCACUGUUUCUAUCAUCACUGAACGUGUGUGUUUUUAAAGGUCGCACAACUAAUUCUUAAUAAUGUCUGGUCAAGAUGUACAUAAUGUAUAAUAGGACGCGACAUUGCUAUUCUCCCAUUUCUCUUUUUCAUACUGAAAUUGAAUUUCACCAAAUAUACGUGAUGUUUUGGCAUGCAAAUGCUGCCAUGCAAAUUAAAGGACAGUGAUGUUUUAGCCUGAUGUUUAACCCAACUUGUUUGGUUUAAAGCCAAUCUAUUCGGAUCUUAUAAUUAUUGAAUGAUUUAGUUGAAAAAUAUGCAGAUUCAGAUCAAUAUUUGCACUUUCGUAGAGUACUGUAUUUAUUUUUAUGAUUUGUGCCCAACAAAAGAAAAACAAUAUAUAUGUAAAUGUGUAUUAAAACCAACUAUAAUGAGACUAAUAACUAACCAUAUGAAAGUUAGUCUUUUGGCACUAGCUAUUAACCAUUACACUGCACGUGUCAAAAAAUAACCAAAGUGGAGACCAAUGAACAAUUUGUGCAUAACUUUGCAAAUUGGUCUGCAAAACCAUUGGACUCAAUGUAAAUUCGGUGUUGGGAUCACAAUGAAGCAGCCAGACAUUGACAGACCCAAGUGCAUGCAAUGUGUGUGUGUGGAUGUGUUCCCAAUUAUCUGAUUUAAUGCCCCCAUAGCCCCCUAAGGCAGAUUGAUUUACAUGCUCUGACUGCACAUUGCUGAAAGCAGGAGGGUGAGACAAGAAAAAAAUAUUGAUUGGAUGAUUAAAGGCAUAUUAUAUUUAAAAUGUGAAAUUAAUUUAGCAGUAACUUAAGCCCCAGUGUUGUUUUUGUGUAGUCAAAAAUUUAAUUAUGCAAUUGUAAGUCAUUAAGACCACUUAAAGAGAUUACCUAUUGCAUACACAGCAACAUUUAGAUGUAAUUUACAUCCACCCGAGUCCAAGCUUGCAGAUACAUUUAAGACCAAAAAAGUGAAUCCUUUCAUUCUCUAACCCUGCAUGCACAGUAUCAAAUUUCUGCUUCAAAACUUGUGUAUAUAUUAAAGUUUUUAGUGGUUUAUAUGACAGUAAAAUACUUUUUUGUAAAAAUGGUAACCAAUGCAACUUAUGUGAAAUAAUUCAUGCCUUCCUCUUUAUUUUGAGCCCCAGCUCCAUUUGUUACCCAGACUUUUUUGACACAAAAACGCUUGUUUUAUAUAAAUUAAUAACUAUAGGCAUUAAAAUAAAUAUAACCUAUUGUAAACGAGUGUUUGGUUUAAUGCACUGUUGGGUAGUGGUUCUUUCCGCUCCUCUCGUAAGUGUUUUAUCGGGAAUGGAAAUGUUUUUUUUUUGUGCAAACCUCUUUUGAAGAGCUACUGUAGCUGCCUUUAUUUUUCUGUCUGCCACUUGUCUAACAAUCCUUCGGUUUUUGCUGUUAUGUGAUGUACAAAUAAAUUGAAAGGCAAACAAAGAUCUGAUGAGAAACUGACUGUAGUAAAUAAAUAUAUUAGUCCAUUUGGAUACUGCUAUGUUGAUAUGGUGAAGGUGGAGUAAACUUAGUGACUCACCUUUAUUUUAGGUGUCCCUAAACCCACUAGACUUAGAUGAUGAACAAUGCUAGUUCACCAAAACAGUAGUGUGAUUUCAUGUGGUUACCUGGCUUUUCAAUAUUUGUAAGUACAAGCAAGUUAUCUAUGUUUAAUGUAAGUACAGUGGUAUAACAUACUUAAAAAGACAUAUUUGCAUUGCUGGCUUAUUACUGCAUAUUUCACUACAUUAUAUUCAGGGACAUCUAAUAUAAAGUGUGACCUGUAAUGCUUUCCGAUGCAGGUUAUCUGCAUACUGCUACUGAGUUUAUGCUAAAUACAGUUACACUAAUGCUGACUUGUACUGUAUGUUGAAUUUGUUAACACAAUGGACGUGCAAAUAAAAUUAAAACUGAUAAACUA